AUGGCCGGUGGCGAGCCGAAGUUCGUGCCAUACACUCUCAGCCAGCUUCGGAACGGUGACGUAUGCAGCGACGAACUGGUACGUAAGUAUAAGGGAGGUCCACUGGUGAUGUCAUUCGAUGAACGCUUCGCUUCCGUGGCCGAAUGUAAAUAUGUGGACAACGUCAUUGAUCACGGGAUGUUUUAUCCGACUGUUAAGCUACUCGAUGAGCUACAGGCCGACCUUAUAGCCCAUGAUGACAUUCCCUACGUGUGCCCAGACAGCGACGACUGCUACAAACCAUUCAAGAAACUCGACCGUUUUCUUACUACUCAACGAACGGAAAACAUCUCAACGACCGAUCUUAUCCAAAGAAUUGUCGAUCAAUGUGACUUGUUCCGUGAGCGGAACAUCAAACGAGAGCGAUAUGGAUAG